AUGCCACCUAAAAAAGAAGAGAGAAAACCGCUGGAACCCAUGUUUCAAGAAAUCCCACUAUUUUAUGAAUAUAUAGAUUAUUCAAAUGAGUAAAUGGAAUAAUUGAAUGAAUAUUUGAAUUACUUCAAACCAGAAUUGAGUGCUAUGAUGAAGAAUAAUAUUUUUGAUAAUAUGGAAAUAUUAUGUCAAACAAUAGGAAUUGCUAGACAUCCAUCAUUUAUAUUGCCAACUUAAAUGAUUGAUUUAAAUGAUUUUGAUGAAAAUACAAAAUUUAGAAACCCUGAAGAAUUAGAUGGAGAUUAAGUACCUUAAAUGAUUUAAAUAAAUUCUGUAAUUUUGAUUAUAUAUGAUGACAUAGAUAAAAAUAGAUCUAUUUACAUUAAGAUUACUAGAUUAUUGUGCAGGUGUUAGUGGAUUGACAACUAUAAAAAUGUCAAAUAAUGGUUUAACAGCUAGGUAAUACUAAUAGAUAGCACAAAUAAUUAAUAAUCCUGAAAAUAAAGUUAAAAAGUUAUUUAUUGAUUGGUAACAAAUUAAUGAAAACUUUUUAUAAUAAGUAUAAUAAAUCGAAUUUUUAACAUUAAGAUCUUGUUAAUUAAGUAUAAAUUUAUUUUUAUAAAUUAUUAGCAAAUUAACAAAUUCAAACAUUAACAUUAAAUGUCCAAAAUUUGAAAUGUUUAGAUUUGUAUGAUAAUAGAUUAUCAAAAGAAGCUUUAAAUUUAAUAGGAAAAAUGUUGGGUUAAAAUAGUUUAAUGGAAUAUUUAGGUUUAGCUAAGAAUUAAAUAUAAACAUUUGAUGAUUUAUAAGGAAUAACAUAAAAUAUAGGUAGAUUUUAAAUGAGUCAAGAAGAAUAUGAUGAAUAUAAAACUAAAGAAAAGGAGAGAGAAGCUAUUAUUGAAAGAAAUAAGAAAGUAAAGAAAAAAGGAACUGAAGAACCUGUACCAUUUUUAGAACCAAUUCAAUAGAUAGAUAAUAAUUGGUAUUUAAUGAAGAAUUCAAGAUUAUGGUUGAUAAAUCUAUCAAUGAAUUAGAUUGAUGAUUAAUCUAGAGAUGCCAUAGAGAAAUUCUUACUAUAAACAGGAGAAAACUUCUAAUUGGUAUUGAUGGGCAAUAGAUUUGAUGAUCAGAAGGCAUUAUAAAAAACAAAAAAGAAGUUUGGAAAGAAAUUAGUAUUAUGAUUCUAUUUAUUUUAACUCAAUGAAAUCAACAAAGACCAGACAAAUUACAAAUACAUCUCAAAUUGAAACUACACUGAACAAUUAGAGUAUUUCUUCUCUUAAAGUUCUUAAAUUGCCAUACUUGUACACAAAACAUAAUCAAGUUCUAUCUACAUCUAGGAAACUCUUAUUAGAAGAGAAUUCUGUCCUUAUGUAGUUAAAUAACUAGAAAAAAGAUUUGUUAAAACUGAUUUAUGAUAGAUAAUUAGAUGAUGCUAUAGAUAGUAAAUCAUUCUUACAAUAGUGUAGCAACAAAGAAAUUAGUUUAGUAAUGUAUUGCCUAUGAUCUGAAUAUAUUUGGUAAAUCACUUCAUAUACUGGCAGACAUGUAUAUAUCUAAUAGAGAAUUUGCAAAUGGAUUGUACAUUUAUAAUGUACUUAGAGUUUUAGCAGAUGUUUAAAAUAAUUAAGCUCUUAAAAUUGAAGCUUUAAUUCAAAUGGGAGAUUUGUGUAAAUUAUAAUAAUAGUAUCAACUCAGCAAGAUAUUUUUAAAGAAAGCUCUUUAAUAUGUAUGGUAUAUGAAUGAUACUGAAAAUGAAGCAACAAUUUAUGAUUAUUUUGGAGUUCUUUAUUAUGUAUAAGGAGAAUUAAGAUUGGCUAAAGAAUAUCAUGAUAGAGCUAUGAAUUUUAUUAAAGAAUCUAAUGAUAGUGCUGCACGUAAACAUGGUAUUGAAUAUGUAAAGACUUAUAUAAAAAGAAUUAAUUAUUAAUCUUAAAUUAUGAAUAAUAUGGUAUUAUCUAAAUUAGGAUUAAUUUAAGGUAAUGAAACAGAAAUUAAAUUAAAUACACUUCUAGAUUUUAAUAUAUUGACAGAUUAAAUUUUAUAAGAUUAUGAAUUUUAAGUUGAAAUGUCAACACCAAAUAGACCAUAAAGAUGUAUAACUAAAAAUGGAGUACUUUAAAAUGAUGUUGAUAUGUUUGAAAAUGUAAAAGAAUUGCAUGAAAGAUAAAAAAAAAGAAAAUUUUUUGAAAAAAAAAUACCAGUAAUGCAUUUAACUAGAUCAGUAUUUAAAUAAACAAUUGAAGAAUAACUUGAAUAACGUAUGAAAACAGAUAAACAAAAAAAUGUAUAUAUAUAUAAUAAAUCUUAUUAUUAUAGUCUGUUGAUGAAUUUAAGAAAUAAUUAUAAAAAUUUCACACUUAUAAAAAUUUUCCUGAAAAAUUAGAAAAAGUAAAUAUAAAUCAUCUCUCUCCAAAUAGAAAUCUUAUUGGUUUUAAAUAUAGUUUUAAACCUAUGAGACAUUAAUUGCUAGAUUUAUUUGGUGAAAUUGAAUAAUAUAUGUAUUUACAUUCAUCCUGA